CUCCUUUGGGUGAGUCCUCCUGCCUCCUGCUGCUUCUUGAGCCCGCAAAGGACACCGAGGCUGCUGGGGGCGAGCAGUUCCCCGGAGCGCCGGCUGCAGGGUUCCGCUGCUUCGCUUGGGGCCGGCGGCUGCGGUGGGGAUUUGGGCAGCCGCCUCGGGCGGAUCUGGGCUGCUUGCCGCUGAGCCGCGUUAAGCGAGUGGCGGAGCAGCUGCGGCUGGUUCAGAGCGGCUCUUUGCAGCGGGUCGCUUCGCGGGCGCGUCUCGCACCUAGGCGCCACCAUCGCUGCUUCGGAGCCGCUGCAGCCGCGGCGGAAGCACCCAGGAAGGAGGAUACCACAAUGUGCUCUCCGGUAUCUACGCAGUGCCGCUCGCAGUCCAGCCACAGCAUGUUCCCGUAGUGUCAGGCAUCUUGUCGCAAGGUUGGGCUUCUGGUCCAGCAGGAGUGUGGCUGACCCAUUGGCAGGUGGGCCAUGGACACCCACAUGGACUUGUUGACAGAGCUGCAGCUACUGGAUAAGGUGCCUACCCUCGAGCGGCUCAGGACAGCCCAGAAACGCCGCGCUCAGCAGCUGAAGAAGUGGGCGCAAUACGAGAAGGAGAUGCAGCACAAGAGGAGGAAGCAUGAGAAGAAGAGGAACGUUGCCAGCCGCAAGAAGGUGUCUUUUGAGGCCAGCGUUGCGCUGCUGGAGGCUUCACUAAGGAACGAUGUUGAGGAAGUCUGUUAUUUAUUGAACAACAACUUCAGCCCAGACCUGUGCAAUGAAGAUGGAUUAACUGCACUGCAUCAGAUGGCUGCUGGGUUUUCCGGAGACCAUCUGGAUGCCUAUUUUCUAGGCACUGAGGAGUGCUGCAUAGACAACUAUGAAGAGGUCGUUAAGCUUCUUCUGAACCAUGGUGCCAAUGUCAACGCAAAGGACAAUGAGCUGUGGACUCCUCUGCAUGCGGCAGCAACAUGUGGACACAUCAACCUGGUGAAGAUCCUGAUUCAGCAUGGAGCAGACCUGCUAGCGGUGAAUGCAGAUGGGAACAUGCCAUAUGACCUGUGUGAAGACGAACCAACUCUAGACGUCAUUGAGACCUGCAUGGCAUACCAGGGAAUAACACAGGAGAAAAUCAAUGAGACGCGAGCUGCGCCAGAACAGGCAAUGGUUGAUGAUAUUACAGAGAUGAUAGCAACAGGGCAAGAUCUGAACGGGACCGAUGCACAAGGUGCUACGCUGUUGCAUAUAGCUGCAGCCAAUGGCUACCUGCAUGCAGCAGAGAUUCUUCUGGACCAUGGAGCAAGGCUGGACCUCAAAGACUGGGAUGGCUGGGAGCCCCUCCAUGCUGCCGCGUUCUGGGGACACAUGCAUAUGGCAGAGCUGUUGGUGUCUCACGGCGCAAGCUUGAGCGCCCGAACCACCAUGGAUGAGAUGCCAAUAGACCUCUGUGAAGAAGAAGAGUUUAAGGUUCUGCUCUUGGAGCUGAAGCAUAAGCACGAUGUCAUCAUGAAGUCUCAGAUGAGGCACAAGUCCUCCUUGAGCAGAAGAACCUCCAGCACUGGAAGCAGAGGGAAAGUGGUACGGAGGGCAAGCCUUUCUGACCGAACCAACCUUUACAGAAAGGAGUAUGAGAAGGAGGCCAUCAUCUGGCAGCAAAUAGAAUCUUCAGAAGAGCAGAGGACCUCUGGCUACAACGGUGACAUCAGGGAGUCUUGCUCCAACCAAGAGAACACAGAUCCAAACUCUCCAGCAGAUUCACCCACAGUCCUUCCGGAGCUGGUAACCAAAAGCACGCAGUGUGACUCGGAAACCCUCCUCCAGAACGGGCUCAACUUAUCCUCUGCCACUUACCAAUACUCUAUCCCUAAUGGAGAUGUUUGGAAAAUGCAUUCUGCCCUGGACAAUGAGGCAGGCCAAGCACUGCCCUAUGAAACCCCCGGAGUCCCCGACUCUCAUCAGAUCUGGGGGGGCUACAAAGAAAGGAGCCACCAAACCCUUGCGGAGCUGAAACGGCAGCGGGCAGCAGCGAAGCUUCUCAACCACCCCUUCAUCAGCACACACUUUGGGAGCAACGGGGGCAGCACAGCUGAGAACGGGGGAGAAGCAAAAGAGCACCUCAUUAGCUCCAGGACUCCUUCCUAUACAUCCAAUGGGACUUCAGUUUAUUACACAGUGUCGAGCGGUGAUCCACCUCUCUUAAAGUUCAAAGCUCCCAUGGAAGAAAUGGAGGAGAAGGUGCACGGGUGCUGCAGAAUUUCCUGAUCCGAUUUCAUUGCUAACCAGCUGAGAUGCUAAGCUGGGUAGGCAUGUUGCCUCCUCUGCUGAGUCUUGGUUGUUAUCACUGCGGAACGGGAGAAUCUGGAUCAGUCAUCUCAGGCCAGGCUGUACCAGGCUUACUCAUUUUUAGUACCUUACUUUGCUUUUGCAAUUCCAUUACAAAAUCAAGCAAGUGUAGGUGGCAGAGAGAAAUCCAGGACAGCUCCUUACUGCAUACUCUUGUCCACACGAGAGAGAGAGAGAGAUCUCAUUACAUCCAUGUGAUUGCUAACCCCAUCUCUAUUUCUGAGCUUCUUGGGCCACCAUGCUCCUGAAAAAUGGCACUUUGGGAACAAACCCUCUCAACACAUCCUUGGUGCACCAUUACCAAAGGUAUGCGAUCCAAACUCGAGCACUUUUACGAGCAGCGUAGGUGGACUGUCGAAGGACUCACUUUGCCUACACAAAUGUGAGGUUUUUGCACACAGAAGACAUAUGCACUUUACUACAACAACCAGUAGACUGUUCUGUGACAACACAGUUGGGACACAGCCAUCCUGUUGCCAAUUUUUUUGAGCCACUAUUUCCUGUUGUGCUCUCUCUCAACACAGAGAGUUGGAUAGGUCUUCUCCGCAAGCGGCAACCCUAUUAUAAAUGGGUGAGAUAUUCUGAGCUCCUUAGAGGAGUGAUACAGCUAAAAGGGAUUAAUGGUUCACACAUCACCUCCAUUGCAGUCCUUUCACUUAGCACUUGGGCAUAAUUUGACACAUGGCUGGCAAAUUCAACUUUAAGUUCAUCAUAUUUCAUCAGAGAGCAGCUGUGUUUGGAUUCCCCCCCAAACCACUGUUGGGGAAAGAUUAGGGUGGAUUGGAUCUUCUUCCAUUUGUCUAAACAUUAUUUUUUGUCACUUGGACCGUUGUAAUUGUAUUUUUGGUUAGCCCAUGCUUACUAUGCCUAAGAGAGUAUUUGAAAUGGCUCUUGAACAUUAAAGUGUGUAGCCUGUUUUGUUUUGGCAAAAUCUUCCUGUUCUGCUGUGAUUCUCAUAUCAUCCUCUGAUAUUUACAAUUUCUGGCUUUUUCUCAGCUAUUCCUCAGCUAUUUUAGUAACCAGGGUUACUAAAAUAAGGUUUGGAAACACUCAGCUGUUUAAAAAAUAUAGGCAGUACUGUACAUUGAGAAAGAUGCAGGGCCUUCAAUGAAAAUUGCUUGGUUGAGUUCUCCUCUACCAUAACAUGCAGCAGUAACAUUUAUCCCAUGUUGUGGUGUCAUGACAUUGUGCAUUACCUCACCUUACUCAUUGGCUGAUGUGACUGCAGAUGGGGAAACACUUCAUGUCAUGACAUUGUGCAAGAAAUAGCAGAUCUUAUGGAAAGACAGCCUUAUAUCAUCUGUCUCGUGUAAUUCUGCUCGCAUGAGAAGCUCUUGACAGUGAACAAAAGCCAUCACACAGCAAUAAGAAUAUUAUCCAAGGGCUGGAAGCAAAUCCUGCGGCCAAAUAACAAUGCUGCUCAUUGAAGGUCUUCAGCAUGAGUAGCCUCUCCUUCGGCCACACCAUUGUGCAAGAAGUGGCAUUCAUCUUUAAUUCCCCCAAACAUCAGUUUUAUUUACUUCUGAAAGGCUGCUUAGUUUUGCAUGUGCUGUGCAGUCUCAUCUCUUAAAGAUUAGACUCAGAAUUCUUUCUCUGACAGCUCAAAGACCACGUCACUGCGGCAUCCAUUUUGAGAGUGAGGCCUAGCUUUUCCUUUAUGGCAAAAACAAUAUACAAUGCACAGCAUAGUUAUCUAAGAUGGCUGACUUGCCGUCUCACCCUCUGCAGAAUACAAAGCUGCUGCAGUGACAUUCAAAGCAGCUAUAGGCCAUGUGCAGUCCCCAAUCUCCAAGUGGGGUAAUCUCUCAGGGGGCUCAGUAUAUACUUGAGUUGAGCUUCCUUGGGAAGUCGGUCACUGGAAGUUUGUGGUAGUGUCUUUGUGAUGCCUGGCUUUAUAACACACAUACAGGUUGAGCAUAAGAUAAAAGGGCUCACAUCAUUAACACUCCAACAGAACUUGAUUUCCUAAUAGUUUAUUUGGGGGGGGGGCUUUUUUUUGGUGGUUAUGGACCAUCACAGUCAUUGCUUUGGUUUCUCAUCGAGUGUAAUCAGGCCUUUGUAUGUUCUUUGUCUUUGGUGACAAAGUUAGAUCGGCUCCCUUCUUUCCUACUUGCUCCCAGCCAGAGGAAGUGACAUGUGGGAGUUGAGCCCUGAUUCCCAAAUGGCUCUUCCCUUCCAGAAUCACUGAUCCAUUGAGACAUCUCCUUAACCGAGUCGGGUCCUUGACCAUUCUGCCAGAGCCAUCAAGAUAAUCUUGAACAAUCCUGUUUGUCACAUCUACUUUCUUCUUAUCCAACUCUACAAAGAACCACGAGGCUGUGAGGAAUCCCAGCAUCUUGGCUAGCCAUCGCCACCCCAGAACAUAGCAAUAUAUGCACCAGGUAUAAGCAGUGGAGGGAAAACAACUAUAGCCACUUACUGCUAUAGUAUGGGCAGGAUUCAACCAAUGAGUCACAGCAGUGGAAGCCCGCAGAAAGACUCCCACUUGUGGAACAGGGCUUCCCCCAUUUCCCUCCCCUGUGCCACCUGAAAUUGGCUUGGAGGGUUGUGAGAACCUGCACAACACAUGGGGGAGAUCACUCCAGCUAGCAAGCUGAAAUGUUUGCCCUGAUGGAAUUAUCUAUCAUAGCGCAACAUUAAAUUCCUCCAUAUAUGUCCUGGGUCUGGGCCACAAACCUGCCUAAAUGUGACAUGUAAAUAAGCCUCGGUGUAAGAGAUUAUAGAAGCAAUAACAGUUAUGGCUCAUAUAUCUCAUUUAAGUGAUUUUGCUGAGAAAGCACCUCUGGAGCUAGAGCUGAGAAAACUAGUAAAAUAAUCGAAGAUUGCACACACAAUGCAGUAAACUUGCAAAAACUCUUUCAGCUCAGUUAAUCAGGUUGUGCUUAGUGCAUUCUUUGCUUCUCCUCGCAGUAUAAUUUACACCACAGAUUCUUGAAAAAGAAGCCCCAAUUGGUGCCCUCCAGAUUUCAUUGGGACUAUAACUUCUAUCAACCCCACUUAAACCACAAGCUGUAAACCCCUCUUUUUUCCCUUGAUUCACCACUCUUGGUUUGUGCAAGGGAGACAAACUAUAAGCCUGGAUGUUUUGGGUAGUGUGGCAGCGGUGGCAGCAGAAGCUGACCAAAGUGAUCACAACCUUCAGGCUGGGAAUCUUAUGUUUGCUCAUUCAUUCUAAGCCGCAGUUCAGCUUAGCUGUAUGUGCAAAACCGGGUUGUUGUCUUUCCUGUUAUCAGAUGGAAAAGCAGAAGUAGAUAUGCACAAGGAAUAUGGGGGUAGUUUUUGAAGAUACGAAUAGUUCCUUAACAUCUUGAAUGUGACAGAUCAUUUUAAUGUUCAGUGUGUCUGUUCUGAACAGAAGUCUACUGUGCCCUCAACUGGAGAGUAAUUGUUACUGCACAUCAUCUAUUUUGCUGUCAGCUAGUGAAUUACACAGUGCCAUUUUCCUAUAGAUCCUUCAUAAUCCGUGUAACCUAAAUAAAUCUGGCAAUUUCUGAAGGCACAGUUCUUUCCAUAGUACGUUUCCGAGCACAGUUCAAAGUGUUGGUGCUGACCUUUAAAGCCCUAAACGGCCUCGGUCCAGUAUACCUGAAGGAGCUUCUCC